UAAUGACUUUCGACUGACAGUCGCAUGUCGCACAAGAUUCACUCGAUUUUGAAGAUUGGUGACCGACGAAAAGAUUGCCUAAUAUCGAUCAUCUACUGUAAACCUCUCAAUAUAUUGUAAAAUUAAAAACUUUAAAAUGUCGGUACGUCUAGGCGGCGCACUAAGAGAACUCCGAAUUCACCUGUGUCAAACCAAUAAGCAAUCUGCAGGCGUGAGGGAUUUCAUUCAGCAAAACUAUGUAUCUAUCAAGAAAGAAAAUCCUGGUUUUCCGAUUUUGAUUCGUGAGUGCAGCGGAGUUGAACCCAAGAUAUGGGCCCGAUACGAUAAAGGAGUGGAGCGCAGUACAGUUCUCACAAAUUUAUCAGCUGGGGAUGUUUUGGCUGCCAUCCAAAAGCUAGUCAAGUAACAAAAUAACAACAAAACAAAUGUAAUAAAUAGAAAGGUUUAGAAAAAUGCAUACAUUGAUGAAUUAAAAACCGUUUUUAUUAAA